AUGGCCACCUCGGUCUUCUGCAACGUCUGCUUCUGCGAGCCCCGCAAGCCCACGCCCCGGUUCUGCCUCACCAGCUGCGGCCAUGUCAUCUGCGAGCUCUGCCUCCAGAAAGGCAAGAAAGAUGAAUGUUUGGUCUGUAGAAAUCCUUGUCGCACAUUAGUCCUUUCAAAACAGACAAGUCCUGAUAUUCAGUCACUGUUCAUGGGAAUAGACACGUUAUGCAAGAAAUAUGCAAAAGAAAUAACACAGAUUUCAGAAUUUCAAGAAAAACAUCGUAAACAUUUGUUGGCAUACCAGAGAAAAAAGACCUUAAAGCUGGAAGAAUCUCUCAAGAAAGUAACACAACAAAUGCAUCAGAUACAAUGUGUGAAACCUCAUGAAAAAAACACACAACCACCAUUUGCCAGUACAAGUAGUAAUCCAAUUUCCAUUCCUCCAAGAAAGCAGAAUGGUUAUCCUUCAUAUUCUCUUCAUCCCAGUCAUCCUUCAGCUUCUGAAAUAGUGGAGUCAAUGGAGAUUGAUCCUGUACCUUCACCAAUGAGGAAGCCUGAGACACCGACUGGUCCAGCAAGGUUAUCAUUAAUAACUCCACCACAAGACGGACGUAUGGGAAGUGUAUCCUACAGACAUUCUCAGUCAUCUGGAAUAAUGUCAAGCCAAAAUAGCAGAGCAGGAUCUACAAGAUCCACACCUAUAAGGCUACCACAUAGUUUGUGUUCACUCACAUCAUCAUCCUCUGGAUCACAAAGCAGCAGCAGAAGGGGGUCAUGGGCUACUUCUGACGUCAGAACCCCUCAGCUGUUCCCGUUUGCAUUGCCUUCUCCACAGCCAUCUGUGACGAGGCAUCCAAUCACCAUCUCCGGACUGUUGCAACGACAACAUUUAGGUUCUACUACUUUUGGAGGACAUUCAACAGAAAGAUAA